AUGCAGGAGCAACCAUUGUCGACCGCGGAGAACCACGGAGACUUGUGCGGCAAUGACCAGCAGUCAUAUGAAGGGAGGAUUUUUGAUUCCGAUGUCUACAGCCAAGCCAGCUCAACGAGCUACGAUGGCCGUCCGAUCAAUGACUACAAUUUGCAGAGACAAAGGUCGUCUUCGUUCUCUGCGCGCUUCAGAUUUGCGGGCGGCCCCAACAGCAUUGAUCAUUUUGCUCGCUCAUGGCAACGAGCCGCUUGUUUCCCCGAAGUUCUCCCUCGACGUUCCUCGUUCGCGGCAGCUAGACCGGAUGAAGAAUGGACUUCGGGAUGGAAUGAGGAUCUUGCAUCGCGAAGCUCUUUAUCAGCCAGGCAGGAGGCUGAUUAUACACGGCCGUUGCUGCAUGGUGACGAGGAAGGAGACGGAGGUAAUACUGAUCACUCAAAAAUGGGGUUUCCAAAUACCGCCAUCCUUAGCUCAUCAUUGGACAGGAGCCUGGGGACAUCUUACGGUACGAUCUCAUCCAGGGUCAGUGAAGCGACUCGAAGAAACGCAAUACAAUUUCACAGGGAACAAGUGGCACAUCGCAACGCAACUGUAGUUCCCGAUGGUGAGCCUCUCCUUAUCAAACAAAUUCAGCACGAUGAUGGAACACGAGAGAGUGUCAUUGUUGGCCAAUCUACUGUGCCGCAGACGGUUUUCAAUUCCGUCAAUGUCUUGAUUGGAGUCGGUCUGUUGUCGUUGCCCCUGGCAAUGAAAUACGCUGGGUGGCUCCUGGGGUUAUCGUUCCUCCUCUUCGCUGCUGUGACGACUUCAUACACUGCCAAGAUCCUGGCUAAAUGCUUAGACGUUGACCGAAGCCUUGUGACAUAUGCAGAUGUAGCCUACAUCAGCUUUGGGCACCAUGCACGGAUUGUGACGAGUCUUUUGUUCUGUCUGGAGCUGGUAGGGGCUUGCGUCGCCCUAGUUGUGCUUUUCGCCGACAGUCUUAAUGCUCUGAUACCCGGUCUGAGCAUCCUUGAAUGGAAAAUAAUUUGCGGGUUUAUGCUUAUGCCGCUCAACUUCGUUCCCUUGCGGCUACUAAGUGUCACGAGUAUACUAGGCAUCCUGUCUUGUACUUCCAUUGUCAGCAUCAUAUUCAUUGACGGCUUGGUCAAACCAGAUAGCCCGGGCUCCCUUCGUCAACCGGCCAGAACCACAAUGUUCCCUGACAACUGGGCUACUCUUCCGCUCAGUUUUGGUCUUAUUAUGUGUGAGUCUACCAGUUCCUUUGUCCGAAUCUCGCAUCCCCAUAAGUACGGCAAGAGCCUUUGGGCGACAUAUAUAUUCACAUAUUCAUUGGAUUGCGCAAUGGCUAUCGUGGGAUGGUUGAUGUUCGGCGAUGGUGUCUUAGAUGAAAUCACAGCCAACGUGCUGUUGACGACUGAAUAUCCCCAGGCCCUGUCCAUCUGUGUGAUAGUACUGAUUGCAAUCAUUCCUAUCACCAAAGUGCCCUUGAACUGCCGGCCUCUAGUCGCCACUGUUGAAGUUCUUUGUGGACUCGAACCGCGCCACAACACGAUGUCUGAUCGUCAUGAAGGGCUGACAGAAACACUUCGCCGAUCACUCCAAGUCACCAUACGCAUCUUUGUGGUGGUUGUAAUUGUUGUGAUGGCUAUCGUAUUCCCAUCCUUCGACAAAAUCAUGGCCUUGAUGGGAUCCGCGUUAUGUUUCACAAUUUGCAUCAUACUGCCUCUCGCAUUCUACCUGAAAAUUUUUGGUAAGGAGAUCGGGAUGGGUGAACGCAUACUGGACUGGUUUCUCCUUAUCACGUCAUCCGUCAUGGCGAUCAUUGGAACUGCCUGGGCUUUCUUGCCAGAAGGCAUGAUUUUUGCGAAUUGA